GGCGUUCUGCCAAGCGGCAAACGUCGCGGCAAUACAACUAAAUUGUUGCAGCCAACGUCACCCACUGUGAAGCCCUUGUCGCGGUCGCGUGCAGAGAAACCAUGGUUUGCGAAACACAAUAGUCUAUUAAUUUGCAGCUGUUACUUUUUGGAUAAAUUAAAGGACUGCUAAGAGCUUAUUUUGCAAGCUACGUUGUGUUUGACCGCAGCUGCCUGAGGGCUCCGGCAUCGCAGAAGCUGCCGGGGCCCACAGCUUGCCCUGCAGCUUGCCAAAGCUGGCUGCGCGUAGCCCAAUACCGCGAUGUCAGUGCAGGAUUGCGAGCUGCUUGGUCAGCUUGACUGGCGGGGUGGCAAGCUGGUCGUGCCGGCGAAGACGCUCGAGCAGCUGUCCGUCGUGCUAGCGACGCCCCGCAGCGGCUUAACGAGCCGGGAGGACUUGAAGUUGAACGUCUUUCAGCAACUCGAACCGGACAGCGAGGAGCCCCCCGUGUCUCACUGCUGCCGGCUAAGUGAGGCGCCAGAUGGCAGCGUGCGCCUGCGCCUGCCGCCGGUGUUUGUGGCAGAUAUCCUGGACGGCGCGCGGGCGUACGCCACGCUGGAGUUGCUCAGGCAAGGCAUGCGGCUGUACAUUCGUGCCGCCGCCAACCAGGCGCACAGGUCUGCUCAGAUGGAAGUGGAAAACCGAGAUGCACGGCAGCAGCGACGGCAGCAGGAUCAGGAGCUGCAGGAACAGCACCAGCUGCAGGAGCAGGAGUCACCGCGGCCAGCGGGCGGGCUGAAGCGGCUACGGCACGGUCCCAGCACGUCACCGACAACCGCAACAGCACCAGCUGCCGGCACAGGAGGGAGCGGCGGCGGGGCGAGCCCUGCGGCUGCAGCAAUCACGGUUGCCGAACCUGCUGUCGCCGCCGCUGCCGCGGAGACCACUACAGCAAGACUGCACGCACUCCAGCAGCAGCAACCGCCGGAUACGGUGGCUCCGAUGGAUGAUGCCGGCCGUGGCGGCAGCGAGGCGGGGCCGGCAGCAACAGCAACACCGGUGCCAGGCAACAUCGACGAUCGGCUUCUGCUAACCCUGGAGAACCCUCUCCGCAAGGCAUUCAAUAAGCCGCGGCUGUGUGCCCUGUUCCCGGAGUGGACAAGUGCGCGGCUGCCAGACGGAGAGAGACAGGCGGUGCUGCCAGUGCGGCUGCAUGUGGCCAUUCCUCCGGAGGGCGGCUGCCAUGGACCUGCGCUGGAGCGGGCGUUUGACGCGGCGGUUGUGAAAAGACAGGAGGCAAAUGAGAGUUGUUACCGAAUCUACCUCGAUGGCCUGAAGGACAUGGCCCUCGAGCUGGGCUGGCUAGGCCGCACGAAGUUCACGCUGGACUGGGAGCUCCGGCCCACUGCUACCGCGGCUGCGGUCAGCGCGGCGGCAGUAGCGGCAGCGGCCGGCGAGGCAGCGGCAGCAGCGGGCCAGGCACAGGCAAGGGCGCUAGUCCUGCGGCGCGUGGUGAUCGGCACCGGGGAAAUGACGCGCGAGACUGCCAGACAGGUCGCGUCCAGAAAGCAAAACAGGGUUGCGCGGGGGCCCCAAGCCGUGGAGCGCGAGCGGCGCCAGAUGCGGCGGCGGCGGGUGGAUGCUUGCCUGCGGCACAGUGCUGCGAAGUCACCCGUAGCGCCCGUGCCGCCGCCGUCGCCGCCGCUGAGGCUCCCAAGGAGCCACGUGGUCAUCGUCCUAACUCAGCGCUUGAUAAUGCAGGCGCGGCAGGAGGCACAAGAGCCGCAACAGCAGCAGGACCAGGCCGCCACGGGCCCGGGCCCGGGCGAGCUAGAAUUUGAAGCGCCGGCCACAGCCGCACGCUGGCUGGACAAGGCUUGCUCCUUCCCGCUGCCGGUGCGCUGGCACCAGGAGUUGGAUGGGAUGCGCAUGUGGCAGAGCACCAGCGCCCACCUGCGGCCCAUGCUGGGAGACAGUGGUGCGCCAACGCCGCGGCAGUAUAUGUUGCGGUCGCUCCGGCCGCAGCUGCAUAAGGCGCAGGCGGUGCCGGGGGACAUGCUGGUGCUGUCGCCGCUGUGGCGCAGCGAGAUCGUGCGGAGGGAGGGCGGCAGCAGCGAUGGGGCUGUCGAAAUGGGUGGCAGAGGUGUCAAUGGCGGCAGCAGUGCGAGAGCUGUCGAGGGCGGCGAAGCCAGCAACAGCAGUGCUGGUGAUUGCAGCGGUGCAGGAGGCUCCCGCUGUGGUGACACCGCCGCGGCAGCAGGUGGCCAACAGAUGGCGGCAGACGGACAACACGCAGCGACAGAAGGUCAAGAGGCAGCUUCACGAGAACAAGAGGCGGCGGCAGAGGGACAACAGGCGGCGGCGCGCGCUCCACCUUCGGAGCUGCAGCUGCGGCUGCUGCGCGCGUUGUCCCACAGGAGCAAGGUGACGUCGCGGUACGUGGCGGCGGUGCAGGUGGAGCUGUGGCGGAACAGCCAGUACCGGUUCCACAUCACCGCCGCCGGCCCGGAAGCGACCGCCGCGACUGCAGCGGCUGCUGCUGCCCCUGCGGCGGCGGCAGCUGCAGACACAGCAGCAGUAGCAGCAGCCGGUGGCGUCCCUGCUGCGCCCGCUGGCGCCGGCGCCGCGGUCCAAGCAGCUUGUCCAGCUGCCCCAGCCCCAGCCCCAGCUCCAGCCCCAGGAGCUGCUGGUGCCGCAGAUGCAGCUGCUGGUGCGGCAUCUGCUGCCCGGGCGGCGCUGGGGCGACAGCCGCAUCCCAGCAGGCGAGGGGCGGUCGCACGAACCCAUGCCCACGCCGCCGCUGCUGGCGCCGCUGCAGCCGCCGCUGCUUCCGGGUUGGCGGCGGCAAGGUCCGCUGCCGUGUUGCAGGCAGGCGUGCCAGCAGCCGCUGAGGCUGAAGCGCGUCGAGGGCGGGCAGUUGCUGCGCCGGCUGCUGUGCAGGUGGCUGAUGAGAAUGCACCAAUGCAGGAGGCUGCUGACGGUGGGCACGUCCCCCGUUGCAUGCGUAUCGCGCCAGAGCAGCUGGCCCGACCCAUCGGUGUGCAGCAAAACGGGAUCCCGGCCCAGCAAAGGGGCGAGCACAAUGAUGCAGGCCAGCCGGCUGGCGCGCCGCCGCCGGCUGCUGGUGUCGCUGCCCUUGUUGGCGGGGGCACCGGGCCUGCGGUGGGCCGGCAAGCUGCUUCUGCUGUGCCUGCUGUGCCUGGCCAUGCACGGCGGGCAUCGCCGCAGCGGCGGCGGUCGCAGGAGCGGCUGGCUCCAUGGCAGCAGCCACAGCACUUCCAGCCAGCGGGGCGCUCACAGCCACGUGCAACGCGUGCAGUCCAGCCGCUCCCGCAGGCCGCGCCUGUGACCGCACCGCAGGCCGCGCCUGUGGCCGCACCGCAGGCCGCGCCUGUGGCAGCCGCUCAGCAGCCUCAGCAGCAACAGGCUCAGCAGCAACAGGCUCAGCAGCAGCGUGCGGACCCAGUCGCGGCCGCGGCAUCGAGCCCUCCCAGCCGGCGCAAGGCCGCCGUCGCUGAGGCGCUCGUGUUUGGAGCAUGGCGUCGACUACGCAUGAGGCCGCCAUCACCGCAGUCGCAACAGCAGCAGCUCCGACAUCCGCCUCAAGAGCAACAACAGGCUCAGCAGAUGGACACGGCUGCUGCCGCGAUGCCGACAGCUCAGGCACCCAUUGAAGCUGGUGGCGCCGCUGCAGCGGAAGCGCCGGGUGCUCGCGGCGGCUCUGCAGACGGCGCCGCUGCCGCCUUUGCCCUGUCCCGCCCAGUCCCGUCGCCAAGGGCAGCAGCGGUUGUGGCAACAGCACCCAGCGCCGUUGCUGCCGCCUCAGGUCUGCCCAUCGCAGUCGCAGCCAUGGCGGCGCCUGCCGCUGCUGUGCCGGCUACUCCUGCUGCUGCUGCCGGGCCUUUUCCGGCGCACGCCAUCCCUCCGCAGAGGAGCAACACGUGUACGGGGUGUGGUACAGCACCCAGUACAAGGCUACCGGCAGCGGCGGGUGGCGGUCCUCAGCACGUGGCGGCUGGCGCCGGCGACAGCACCCGGGCCGUCGGCGCCGCCGGCAGUGCAUCCAUCUCCAACAGUCACAGAGCGGCGGUCGCCGCACCGGAAAGGCUCGCGCGGCAGCAAGCGCAGCAGGCUACGCCAGGCCUGGGGCAACCGGGAGUAGGACCGGCAGCAGCAGUAGCAGCAGUAGUAGCUGCGCACCAGCCAUCUGCACAGCUGGGGGCACAGCCCUCGCCAGUUUUGGAUGACUUUGAGGGCGGCUUCUUACGCCUGAGCUCCUCGCGGUCCCGCAGCCCGAGCCCGCAGCGCCAGGAUGCGUCUGGCUCUGGCUCUGGGGCCGCAGCAGCAGGUGCUCUGGAUGCGGCGGCGGUGGCGGCAGGGGCAGCGGCAGGGGCUGCGGCGGGGCCGGUCGUCGACCAGGCGGCUGCACAUCAAGCACUCUCACCCCGCGCGACCCGUGUGCACAGGGCAGAAGGUGAAGCUGCUGCAAGUGCCACAACCACGGCCACGGUGGCUGUUGUAGCCAGUACAACGGCAAUGCUAGGCGCAUCCGGCGGCUGGGGCGGGCGCGGCACCUGCGCCUGGGUUGGCGGCCUCCCAGUUGAGGCUCAGCCGCAGCCUGGUGGCAGUGCCGCCACCGGAGGCACUGGCACUGCAGGAAACAGCGGCGCCGCAGGAAGUAUGGCCGUCGCGGCCAACAAAGUUGCAGGCAGUGGUGCCGUCGACAGCGGCGCCGCGGGCAGUGGUGCCGAAGCAUUGGCUCCCAGCGGUCAAAACGCGGUACGCUGCAGCAUUGCUGUUAAGAUGGAGGGGCCGCAGGUGGGCAACGGCGGGCAGCUGCAAGUCCAGCAGCUACUUCAGCAACCGGCAGCGGCAGCACCCGUAGGAGUGCCAGCCGCCAGCAACAGCAACAGGUGCACAGCCCUGGCCACCGGCCCACGGCCGAUGUCAUUGCAGCACGAGAGGCUGCUGCGUGGUGGCUGGAUCCCGAUGACGAGCGCCACUUCUGCCGCCGGCCACUCGACACCAGCAGCUGGCGAGGGCGCAGCAGCACCAACGGGCGAGGGACGAGCAGCUGGGGGUGCUGCUAUGGACCCGGCGGCAGCAGCAGUGGCGGUAGCGGAAAGCCUGCAGCCCCUGCCCAUAAAGUGUGACCCGGACCGCUCCUUGUCGCUUGAGUCGUGGAACCGGCAGAUGCGGAGUGAGUGGCAGCAGCAUGCCGCCGGAAGCCGGCUGGGCCCCAGCCGCCUGGUGAGCGCGUGCGCCGCCACCACCGCCACCAGUUCACAGCCGCCGAAGCCGGAGCCGGAGCCCAAGCAGCUGCCACCUCUCGCUGAGGCUGAGGGCGGGCUCUUCUCCUUCAAUCCUGUUGCGUGUGAGACUGCGGAGCUGGCGCAGCCGCUGAACGUGUUUCUGCACCUCGACUCGGUGCCGUCAUCAGGGUUAGGUCUCCGCAUGCGGCGGCCGUCUAGCCUGGCGGGCGGCUGCCAGCAGCAGGACGGAGGGCCAGGGCCGUGCCUGCCAGAGCCGGAGAGUGCAGAUGUGACGGCUGAUGAGGAUGAGGUGCCGCCGCAAGAGCUGUGCAUGCUGCCGCUGUCACAAGCCGCCGCCAUGGCAGCGGGUGCCACGCCACUGCCGGAAGGCGAGACAUUGGCGGUGCGCGCCGUGCAGCCAAGUACUGGCAGCGUAGUGCACGUGACAUCAGCACCUGCGGCUGCCAUGGAGCAGUGCGAGGCUGCUGGGAGCCUGGACGCUCAAACAGGCUGUGCGGUGCCGGUGCUAGGAGAGGCGGCAGGGGCUGUGGCUGACGGUCCAGCAGGCGAAGGCGCUGCUGUGACGACAGCGGCUGCUACACCCACUAAGCAACAGCGCGCGGCAGGGGGCGCGGUCCAGCUGGCGCAAGAGGAGCCGCCGCAGGUGCCUGCAGCGCACCUACUGCCGCCCCCGCCACCACCACCGCUUGAGCGGCAGCUGCAGCAGCCCCUGUUGCCAAGCGUCCAUGAGGAGCAGCAACAAGCCAGUCCGCGGCAGUCCGCGGCAGCAGAGGAGCAGCAGCCGGGUAUGUCACUGGCUGAGCAGGGGGAGACGGCGACCGAGACGCGGCCGUGGCGGCACAGCACAGCGGCGACUACUGGCCCGCCGCCGCUGCCCCUGGACCUGAUGGAGCAAAGUGCAGUGGCUGCUGCUGCAGCUGGCCAGCCGCCGCCGCCGCUGCCGCAGGAGGAGAAGGAGAAGGAGGAGGAGAAGGAGGAGGCCGCACAGCGGGAUGCCGUGGUCGCGCUGCAGCCAGAGCAGGACACGGCGGGGGCCCAGCCGCAAUUGCAGCAACAGCAGCCAACAGCAUUUCAGCAGGCGGCGCCAUCUGCGUUGAGGUCGGAGGACCCGAUGCUUUCCACAGGGCUGCCGCCUAAGAAGCGGUGGCGCCCGGAAGCAAUCCUGCUACCCUCACACUGGGAGGGCCAGUCGCCAGCCACAUCACCAGCAAUCGCCGACGAAGCAGACGAUGAGCAGCGGCCACCUGCAAUACGGCCGCGAACGGAAGUAGCCGCGGAGCAACAGCGGCAGCAGCAGCAGCAGCAGCAACCGCAACAGCAGCAGACAGCAGCAGGCCCAGGUGGAGUGGAAGGGGACAAUGGUAAAAAGCGUGUGGCGGUGCUGACACCAGUGCAGCAGCAGCAGGGUAAGCCCAAGCGGCCGCGCAUUAUGUGGAAGCCACCUCUGGUCUCUAUGGCAGCGGGAGGUUUGCUGUCGUCGCCGCGUACUGCGGCAGUAACUGCUACAGGGAUUGCGCCAGCAGCAGCACGAGCACCGCCACCGCCCACACCUCAACCACCUCCACCUCGGCCACGGGACCUCUUGCAGCAGCAGCCGCAGCAGCAGCCGCAGCAGCAGCCGCAGCAGCAGCCACAGCAGCCGCCACAGCACGCACAGCACCCACAGGAGUGGCAGUUGAAGGAACACACGAUACGCUUGCUACUGCCGCCCAACCCCAGCAACCGCCGCCACCGGGCGCAUUGGGGCUACGGGCUCGCUCAGAUGCGGCAGCAGCUGGAGCCACUGCAGGACCAGCUGUGUGAGGUGCUGCCGGCGAUGCGCCGCUACUGCUACGGCCCUGCGGGUGACGUCCUCAACGCGAGCCUCUCCUGCCUGGGCAUGGCGGCGGUGCUAGCGGCCAAGGAGCUUACAGAGCGGGGCACACUGGUGUCGCAGCAGCUGCGCGGCGGUCAGACCGUCCGGCUGCGACUUCGGGACUGUCCAUUGCCUGGGCUGUUGGUGAAGGUGGAAGUACCCGGGCAGCGACCCAGCAGGGCGCCUGCUGCUGCUGCUGCUGACGCUCUGGUGGACUGGCGGGACGUGUCCGUUGUGCGGCUGUCUUUCGGGCGCCUGCUGGCCGCCCUGGGGCACGCCGACGCGGCCAACCGGCUUGCGUUUCUGCACUGGGUGUCAACGCUGGCCACGUCUGGCCACGUGGAGCCGCCGAAGGCUCAGUUGCAACUGGUGGUCCGCGGUGGUGGCAGUGGCGGUGGUGGCGUCGGCAAUGCAGGCGGGCAGCGGCUGGUGGCGGUGCCGCUGCUGCCGGAGGUGAUGGUGCACAAGUACUAUCUGGAGGUCUUUGGUUUGAGGCUGCGUUAGAGUUCGGCACGUCACACAGGUGAGGCGCAUGCACCGUUUUCGUGUACAUGGGUGAGGGGAAGCCAGGAAGGUGGGAAGGGGAAAUGAGAUGGGUUUGAUUUGAGCGCGCGCUGGGCAUCACAAUAACGCUACACAAUAGUGGUCGACAUUGCACAGUAUAACGCCAAAUAUUUUGGGUGUACAUGAAUAAGGCGGUCUUGGACUUGAUGCAACUAGGGCAGGCUAGGGCACGUCCUUGGCGCAUGGACGCAUUAUCAAUGCGCUCAUGAGGCCUUGGCCUAAAUUGUGGUCUGGUGUGCUGUGUGCAUGUGGAGGCGCGCAAGCAGGGGGAACACACGGGUUUGGCGCGACCCCAGGUGGUACAUAAGCGGGUGACGCACAGCGCUGUGUGAGACGGUCUAUGAGUAUUGGUGCACAAGUCUCACGUUCAACCAUAGCAUGAGUUCGCUGGCGGGUAUGAGCUCCAUUGAGGCCCACAGGUGUUGCUUACAAGUUGCGCGCUACUUGUGAGGGCAGUUUUCCUUUGCGCUGCUUUACAUAUCAAUUUUGCCAAUGAAUUUGCGUGCGCUGAGGUUUGGGGAGGGCGGCGUGCGUGGGGGUUUACACGCGGCGGGGCGACGGUUAAUGCCUUAACGAGCUUAAAGCGUUUGCGGUUGCGUAGCGGUUUGUAGCGAUCUGGGUUAAGGUGUCAAUUCGUGAAGAACACAAGAAAUCGGCAAACCCCCAUAAAAAUGCAAGCCCCCGACAGCGAUGGGCCGUCCUCUUGCAGGACCCAGUCGUGUAUAAAUUCCCCAAGCAUUCGGAAUUCCUAUAAAG